CUCACAUUUAAUCCCACAAACCCACCACCACGACCACCAGCACCACGACUCGGACUGCCAGCUUCAAUCAAAUCUCCACUGACCCAUUCACCCAAACUACCAGCUUUAAUCAGCUCUUCAUUUGCCAUUCACCUAAUCACCCAAUCACCCAAUCACCCAUUCACUCCCAAUCCCCAAGCAUGGCCUCCUCGACUCCCGACUACACAUCCCCCUCGCAGCUACGCACGCACCUCUCCCGCGUCUUCCGCCCACUGUCCGCACUCACCCCACUCCACGGCGGCUUCGCAAACUACACCUACCGGGCAACCCUCUCCUCCCUCUCCUCUCCCUCCUCCACCUCCCCCAUCUCCCCCGGCAUCCCAACAACGCCAACAACGGUAAUAAUCAAGCACGGCGAGCCCUUUGUCGCGCUAGCGCAGAACAUCGCGCUCGACACAUCGCGGGUCUACAUCGAGUUCGCAUCACUAUCGUGUCCGCCGCCAGCGGUGACGACAGCUUUGGGGUGGACGGUGGGCACGCCGAUAGCGCACCACUACGAUAGUGAAUCGCACAGCGUCGUGGUCGCGGAUGCGGGCUCGGGUAGUAGGGACCUCAAGGCGAUCCUAUGUUCCGCCGCCGGGCUAGACGCGGACGCGGAAGCGCUGGGCGAGGCGCUGGGCGUGUGGUUGCGCCGUCUGCACUCCUGGGGCCGCACGGAGGCGGCGGAGGAGCUGCGCGAGGCCCUGGGUGGGAAUACGCAGGCGGCCGGGAUAUGGACGUGGGCGACGUAUGGGCGGCUGCUGGAGACGGUUGCGCUGCUGCCCGCAGCGGAGCUGGGGGGGGCCGCGGCGUUGUUUGCGGAAAUUGUUGCGGCCACACCCGCAGUGCAGUUGCCGGAUACGGUGCUUCAUGGGGACUUUUGGUGCGGGAAUGUGCUACUUGAUAAGAGCACGGUGACUAUUAUUGAUUGGGAGAUGGCACGCGUCGGAGAGGUCUGGGGCGAUUUGGCGCAGAUGUGUGCUGAGCUUUAUCUGCCUUUUCGGUUCUUUGGGGUCGAGACGGGGAUUGCGAUCAUGAGGGCGUUUUUGGGAGCUUAUGGACGGGUUAGCGAAGAUAUAGCAAGUAGGGUUGUGGUGCACUUUGGUGUGCAUCUUGCGGUGUGGCCGGCUAGGAGUGGGUGGGAACCGCAAACGGAGGCGGUGAGGUGUGCGGUUGUGGGGAAGGAGUUCAUUGAGAAGGGGUGGAGGAGGGAUUGGAAGUGGGUGAAGGAUAGUGUGCUUGGGGAGCUGGUGGAUGACAGUUGGAUCGUGUGAUGCCUUCUUUCUAGUGUCAUUACUGUGUUUCUUAUGAUACAUACACAAACGCCUUUGCUUUGCUAGCCAAAUGGAUCAUG